UUGAAGGACCAAAGAGACAUUUUCAAAUCUGAAAGUACCAAAGAAUCUACCAAUUAUUGUGGCAGCUCUGCGGUUGGCUCAAGUAUUCUCACUUUAAAGUUCUUCUUCUUCACGGGAAAAAACACCUCCCACGCUCUCUCUCUGCGCGCCGCUCAACUUGCCGGAUCUCCCUCUCACUCUAGCGAUUAUCUCUCUCGCCGGACGUCGACUCCCAGCUGUGCACGUACGAACUCCCUCCCGGCCGCGUUUCUUCCGUCUAUACCGCCAAACCCGAGCACUGGUUUUUCUGGCUCGCCCCCUGCUAUUCUUUGCGCCGCUGGGUCUUAUCGUCGCUAUUCUCACCGGAUCUUGGCUUUGGGUAUGGCUACUGUAAAGAACCUUAAAAUUAAGACAGCUACCUGCAAACGCAUUCUCAAGGAGUUGUUUUCUUAUGAGAAGGAGGUUGAGAGAGAAGCUGCCAAAACUGCUGACAUGAAAGAAAAAGGUGCUGACCCUUAUGACCUUAAACAACAGGAAAAUGUGCUGGCUGAAUCAAGGAUGAUGGUUCCCGAUUGUCACAAGCGUCUAGAGUUUGCCUUAGCUGAUCUGAAAGAUGCCCUGGCUGAACUGGAAAAAUCAACACAAGAGAAAGGUCCAGAGUUCGACGAUGCUCGGAGUACAAUCAACGAUGUUGAAAGUUUCCUAAAGCCAAUAGAGGAAUUGUGUAGUGGGUCUGUCACCGCCUGAUUGUUUUCAGAAGUUAUAAUUCAAACUAUUGCUUUAUUACAGUAUUAGUUUUCAAUGUUUGGUUUUUGGAUGUUAUGGUUAUACUUUGGAAAGAGUUUCUUCUUCUGUUCUUCAUUACUAUCACCCAAGUGUAAGACUAAACUCUUCUUCUGUUCUACGUAAGCGUUAAUGAUGAUUAAUAUGAGAGUUUGGUAACUAAAAUAAAUGUAAUAUUAAUUAUUAA